UACUGUCAGUGUGUGAAUGUGAGUGGAGUGGACUAUGAAUGGAUUUUUGUUCGCUAUUAAAUAUUGUUUACUUGCCUAUAUUUCUCGAGAUUUAUUAUAAUUUGCAUAAAAGAAUGUCGAAAAAUAUGUAAUUUAAAACUUACCAUCAUUAAAUAUCCAAGUUCAUUGUCUUUAAAACAAUGCUGAGUCAAAAUGUUCAAAACUGUUGCUGGAAGAGAAAGUGUCUCAAAUAAAUAACGGGUCGAUAUGAAUAUGUCCGUCUCAGAUUUAUCUGUGGGAUGUCGUUUUGCUGAUUAUUUUGCGAUAUGUGGACUAGACUUUGACUCCGGAUUGGAACCAGACAGGCUUUGUGGUGAUAAUUUACAUAUAUCUCCUUUAGAUCGCUCCUAUAAGGGAAAAAUCUUAGCUCACUAUCCAGAUAAUGUAAACAGUAAUCCUUUUGAUGAACAUGCAGUAUGUAUGCUUUGUUUGCCUGCUGGUUUGCAGUUUAGAACUCAAAAACAUUCUUUAGAACCCAAAUUUCAUAGUUUUGUUGUAACUCGUGAAAAUGCAUCCCGUUACUAUGGAUUCAGUCUCAUAUUUUAUGAAGAAGUUAGGAACCGGAAUAUUUGCAGUGCCAUGCAUACAUUGCAGGCAAUGUACAUCACAGAGCUGUCAAGUGGACAAACUCCACCUGGCAAUAGAAAGAGCUCUGGCAAAGAGAGUUCGAGAUCCUUGCCACGGUCAUUUAAACUUGCACCACACACGGGAGCCGCACUUACAUAUUAUGAUAUAACCAAAGAUAAACUUUAUGUUGCCAAAAGCAUUGCUCUUAUAUGUCAAUACCCCUAUGUUAGGGUAGCACAAUUAUUUUUAGAGAAUUUGUUCAGGUCAUUGCCAAGACAACCUGGACCUGGUCUUAGUCCUGAGUCCUAUGUGUACAACUUGUUGUAUGAAGUUCCUGUUCCUCUCGCAGGACAAGCUUUGCGCUUGUAUGUACCACCGUCUGAACCUCAUCUUGAUCCAAUCCCAGUUGUGAUACGAAUGCCAAAUCCGCCGGAAGAGUUACCACUUCUUGAUUAUCCUUUGCGUGUAAUGUUCUCUACAUUAGGUGUAGAAUGUGUUGUGCAACUGUUUACAUGUGUACUGCUAGAGCAUCAAGUGCUACUUAGGUCUAGUGAUUAUAACAAGCUAAUGCUUGUGUCUGAGUGUAUAGUUUCACUUCUGGUUCCAUUCUCAUGGGCUCAUGUGUAUGUGCCCAUUCUGCCAGCGCCAUUGUACCAUUUCCUUGAUGCACCAGUUCCCUUCGUAAUGGGUCUUCAUGCGGAUAGUGUGGCUAUAAGUAUUGGCCCCAAUGGCCCAAGGAGCUUCGCGGUUGGCUCUGAAGCAGCACUUUGCUUAGUCGAUAUUGACAAGCCUGACAUACAACUGCCGGAAGAAAUGCCCAUAUUCCCGCACAGAACACCCUUCAUGGAAGAACUCAAUCAUGUAUUAGAUAAACAUCAGAUACAAAGACCAGAAACUGAAUUGAGUAAACUUGGUGUGCCAAUUAAUGGAACUUAUAAACAUAUGAAUGAUGGGAUGAGUAGCAGUUGUACAUUACCAUCGGGUGGUCUCCGUCGCAAGCACUCGUUCCACGACGUGUUGGAGUGGGACGAGAGCCGGCCGCUGAACGCGUCGCCGCCCGGCUCGCCCGCGCCCGCCUCGCCCACGCGCCGCGCCCCGCGCCGCAUGGACGCGCUGCAGCGCAUCGUCGAUAUUGUUAAACGAACAGGUGUGAAUAUAGAUGACGUGGAUGCGGAUACGGUGAUGCCGACGACUAAGAAGAAGAUCCUUAACGAUGAAGACCAGUACAACGAGGACGUCCGCUUCAACAUGGCCAUCAGAGAGACAUUCCUCAACCGAUUCGUGCACAUGUUCCUGAUGUACGAGAACUUUGUCAUCAUGCCGGAUCAGGAUCGUGACUCAUGGCUGACGGCGCGCGAAUCGAUGGUGAAUUUCGACAAGGCAUCAUUCCUCUCGGACCAGCCGCAGCGGCACCGGCCCUUCCUCUCGCGCUUCCUGGAGACGCAGAUGUUCGCCACGCUCAUAGACAACAAGAUCAUGGCCAACUGGGGCGACUAUGACGUCAACUUGCAAGUCUUCGAGCAUCGCAUCAAGGUCGUCAGACGUCGGCUGGGCGAGGGGGGCCUGGCGACGCGCGGGUACAGCGUGUGGGCGGGGCUGGGCGGCGGGGCGGGCUGCGGCGUGGGCGCGGAGCUGGAGGUGGGCGCACCGGGCGAGCGCCUGCCGCACCGCGCCGCCUACUACCGCGCCUUCCCCGCGCGCCUUGACGCCGCCGCGCUCGCCCCGCCCCCCGCCAACGACCGCAGGACGAACAGUUUGAAGCGUAUUAAGAACGCGAAGUGGCAAGUGAAGGACUGUCCGCCGGAGAUGUUGCUCGGUGACAUCGGCCGGCGGCUCUCCACGGAAGUGACACCCGCCGCCAUCGCGCAAAACAAUAGAACCUUCGUUGAGAAACUUCUUAAGGAAUGUAAAAGCAAAACGAAACGUAUGCUCGUUGAAAAAAUGGGUACAGAAGAAUCGGAUUUGGGUCUCGGAAGCGAAGUGUCCGUGACCGGUGUAGAAGAGAAUACUAUGAUCGCUUCCCUCUGCGAUCUGCUGGAGCGGCUCUGGUCGCAUGGGCUGCAGCACAAGAUGGGCAAAUCCGCGCUCUGGAUGCACCUCACCAACUACCAGGAGUUGGAGCAGUGCAGCAAUUCAACUAAACCUAUCGAUCCUAAUUAUUUGACUCCAGACUUAUCCGCGGUUGGCGCGGAGGUAGAAGCGCACCAGGCGAGUAGCAGCGGCACCCGCUCCCGCGACAGUUCCCGCGGCGGCUCGCGGGACAGCUCCCGGGAUCGACUCAGCAACUCCGGGACCUUGGAGAGGAAGUCCAGCCAACCUUCGAACCCGAUGCGUCCGCUUCCCGAAAGCUUAACUUUUGAUAUGCGGAAUGUACAAGCAAUGACAGAUAUAAAGACAGAGAUCGGUUACGCUAGAGCUUGGGUUCGACUUUCCCUGGAGAAGAAGCUGCUAUCGAAGCACUUACGGGAAUUGCUGGCUGAUACAACACUGCUGCGCUCUCAGUACAAGAGAACAGCGUUUUUACGAUGUGAAGAAGAAAGGGAGCAAUUUCUCUAUCAUUUGUUGACGUUAAAUGCCGUCGAUUACAAUUGCUUUACCAACACUUAUCCAACAACUAAAUUACCAUACCGCGUGUUGAUAGCACCAUCUCGUAAAGCCAGUCAGACGACCGCCAACUGCUGGCUCUCCAUCUCCGGCGCUAACGGAGAGUCUACGCCCAAAAUCCCCAUACCUCGUAAUACCAACGAGUUCGUCUUUCACCACAAAAAUCUAGGUAUCCUAUCAACUUUACGUAUCGGGCACGACAACAGCGGCCUGUCGCCGCGGUGGCUGCUGGACCAGGUGUUUGUUAGGAAUGAGGUCACUGGACAUACAUACACAUUCCCAUGCAACCGUUGGCUGGGCACGGGCGUGGACGACGGGUCGACGGAGCGGCUGGUGGUGGCGGCGCGGCUGCGCGGGGAGCGGUCGCCGCGCACGCCCGCGCCGCUCGCCCCGCACGCCGCGCACUCCGCGCUCUCGCCCACCGCCACGCACCUCUCCACAUCCACGAUACAGCAUAUGAUCGGUACCUUUUUUUUGGUGUCGGGGGGAAAUCUUUAAAAGAUACCCUGCCUUCUGGGGGGAAGGCAGGGUUAUGUAGGAUUUCACCUACUAAAACCCCCUCGGUGGCCAUCCUCUA